UCGUCUCCUUCCGCGCGUAUGACACUCAAAGAGAGUACUGUUAGUUUGCGUUUGAUUUAUUGUUAAUCAUGCCAGCCGGAGGCUUUGCGGUGGCGCCGGCCGCCGUUGAUACUUCAGCCGAGGCCAAGAUUACUUUUAUUGUUAUCAUUUCGUGCAUAAUGGCCGCCACAGGAGGCCUUAUGUUCGGUUAUGAUGUGGGCAUUUCAGGGGGAGUUACAUCAAUGCCAUCUUUUCUGAAACAAUUCUUCCCUGUGGUGUACAAGAGGACUCAGGAACCAGGACUCGACAGCAACUACUGCAAGUACGAUAAUCAAGGCCUGCAAUUGUUCACGUCGUCUCUGUACCUCGCUGCUUUAACGGCGACUCUGUUUGCGUCCAUCACUACCAGAAAGCUAGGCCGGAAACUAACCAUGUUGAUCGCCGGGAUUUUCUUCAUAAUCGGAACGGUCCUUAAUGCAGCAGCCCAAAGCCUCAGCAUGCUCAUUGCCGGCAGGUUAUUACUUGGAUGUGGUGUUGGUUUCGCUAAUCAGGCUGUGCCAGUCUUCCUUUCGGAGAUUGCACCGACGAGAAUUCGAGGAGCGCUUAACAUAUUGUUCCAGCUCAAUGUCACCAUUGGCAUUCUUUUUGCAAACCUCAUCAAUUAUGGCACCGCCAAGAUCAAAGGGGGAUGGGGUUGGAGACUGUCGUUGGGGUUGGCUGGCAUUCCGGCGCUUUUCCUUACCUUUGGGGCCAUCAUAGUGAGUGAGACUCCUAACAGCUUGAUUGAGCGUGGACGCUUGGAAGAAGGAAAAGCUGUGCUUAAGAAGAUUCGGGGCGUCGAAAAUGUUGAACCAGAGUUUUUGGAGCUUGUUGAAGCUAGUCGUGUGGCCAAAGAAGUGAAGCACCCCUUCAGAAAUAUCAUGAUGAGGAAGAAUCGCCCUCAACUCAUCAUCGCAGUUUGGAUGCAGAUCUUCCAACAAUUCACUGGCAUUAAUGCAAUCAUGUUCUACGCUCCGGUUCUGUUCAACACCUUGGGAUUUGGGAACGAUGCUUCCCUUUACUCAGCUGUUAUAACCGGAGCUGUCAAUGUCCUCUCCACCCUUGUAUCCGUCUACUCAGUCGACAAAAUUGGUCGGCGCAUGUUGUUGCUAGAAGCCGGUGUCCAGAUGUUCCUCUCUCAGACAUUCAUCGCCGUGGUGCUAGGAGUGAAGGUUCACGAUCACUACGACAGCCUUACAAGAGGCUACGCAAUCCUCGUGGUGGUUCUUGUUUGCAUGUUUGUGUCGUCCUUUGCAUGGUCUUGGGGACCUCUCGGGUGGCUGAUCCCUAGCGAGACAUUCCCGCUGGAGACACGCUCGGCUGGGCAGAGCGUGACUGUCUUUGUCAACAUGCUCUUCACUUUUGUCAUAGCGCAAUCUUUCCUCUCCAUGCUCUGCCAUUUCAAGUUCGGCAUCUUCCUUUUCUUCUCCUCUUGGGUGCUUGUCAUGUCGGUCUUCGUGACGUUUCUGCUUCCGGAGACCAAGAAUGUCCCCAUUGAAGAGAUGACGGAGAAAGUCUGGAAACAACAUUGGUUCUGGAAGAGAUUCAUGUAUGACUAUCACGAGGGAAAUGUUAUCAAAGGCGUGUCAUCAAACUUGGAAAUCUGACAAUUUUUAUUUACUCAAUUCUAAUUCAACAAUUA